AUGCGAGAUCGCGAUAGCCGCCUCCCCAUCUCUCCUUCCCGCUUCCCCAUCUCUCCUUCCCGCCUCCCCAUCUCUCCUUCCCGCCUCCCCAUUUUUCCGUUCCCGCCUCCCCCUCUCUCCUUCCCGCCUCCAUCUCCUUCCCGCCUCCCCAUUUCCCCUUCCUGCCUCCCCAUUUCAUUUUCCUGCCUCGGCCAUUCCUCCCCUUACCACCCAUACCCUACCCUCCCCAGCCCCCUCCUUCCACCCCAUUGCUCCCCCUUCCGUCCCAUACACACCCCGUCCCCUCGUUUCCUCCCUAUUCCCCACCCGUCGCCCCCCCUCCCUCCCGUUUCAUGGCCUUAUAUCCAGCGCCAAUCCGCCUUGAGUAGUGUGGCCCAGAGCCUCCCUGCCAUUACCAACCCGGCGAAUGUGGGCCCACCAAACGGGUGA